AUGACAAACACUUCGCCUUUGGCGGCCACGCAGUCACCUGCGAUGACCUCACCAGAGAGUCUCGGUCAUCACCGCCACAGUCCCGUGCUUAGUAGCAGCAGUGCUCGCAAAUCCGCAAGCUCCAGUCAUCGGCACCGCCUCGAAGAUGAGAAAGUACAAAGCCCGAGCUCAUCUGCAGCUAGAGCCUCGUUUACCCCCAAGAUUGUGUACGGCCGCGGCGCGAUUAACCGUCUGCCGGCAGAGCUUGGAGCGCUGCAAGUCUCCUCGCCACUUAUUGUGGCGAGCCCUUCCCGAGUCCCAAUCGCCAGGCGUAUUCAGGCCAUUAUCCCAAAUCUACAGUCUCAUAUCCUCGAUGCAGCAGUCAUUACCGUCCCUGACCAUGUUGUCGACGAUGCAGUCGAGCGCAUAGCCGGCCGCGACGUCGUUAUUUCUGUCGGAGGCUCGUCGGCAGUCGGCCUUGCCAGGGCCAUCUCGAUCCGCAAGGAAAUCCCCCAUGUCUGCAUCCCAACAACUUACAGCAGCAUGGAAAUCACGCCUUUAUUUGAAAACGAUGCCGCCACAAUAUCUAUUAGUCGCCGUCGUGGCUCAAUCAGCAGCGCCAAAGGCAGCAGCAGCAAGCAGAGCAGCGCCAGGACGACCGCCAGUCGCAACAGCUCUCGUCAGAGCGUCACCAUGCGCGACGCAAGAUCAGGAGUGAAACCUGCAGUCAUCAUCUACGACGAGGACCUAACGGAAAUCUCAUCAAAGCGGGUGGCUGCACCAUCUACAACCAAAAAACCGCCUCCCAGGAGCGACGGCUCGGAAUGGAGCUUCCUCGAUCUUCCUGGUAUAUGA